AUGGAUGGUCGCCGGUUACCGCCGCAUCAUAAAUACCACGUGUGCGCUCACGAGUCGCUCGGCAAAGGUGUUGGUCAGAGGUCUAGUCAAGAGAAGAAUGUGUGGCUUGUGGUGCACCCACGCUCACUAGGGUACACAAUCUGGAGGUUAUACUUGGUUCUCUCAAGUGACACUUGUUUCGACAAUUUCCCGUAUUUCAUUUCGGUGUCAUUUACUUCUCCAUUUCGUUCAGCAAACUCAGUAAUGGCUCAACAGUUUCGGGGGUUGUUGAUGCAGGAAGAAGGGUGGCCUCUGGGAUUGAGAUUCUUGAAUUCAAGAAUUAGGUUGUUGAGAAAUGGUUCUGGGUCAGUCUCAUUCAGCACUGUGCUAACUGAUUCUCACACCCCUUCAACUGAUUCUUCUUCAGAUCUUGACACACAGUCCACUGGAUCAUUCUUCCAUGACAAAAACAUUACACUUGGCAACCUCAUUGGUAUUUCUAGCUUCCUAGAACUCUCAAGGAGAUCAACCAGGGGAAGAAUGGUGGAAUCCUCAAGGGACAACAAAAAGAUUCACAAGCUGAAGCCUUGGCUGUUUUCACUUUGUUCAAGGUUAAGUACUGAUGCAGUGAGUGGGAAUGAUGCUCCCUCUCUUGCUCACUACCUUGAAGCUGAGAGAAGAAUUGCAAGCACAUACAGAAGGAAUCAGUGUCCAACCACUUAUGGAUCUAAUGGUUUUUCCCCUAUUCGAGACUCAAACUCACUAUUAGUUGGGAGCCAUCAAAUGGACCAGAGUGAUGGAUAUGUAGCACCAAUAGUUUUUCCUCGUUUGAGUGGAUAA